GCGCAGGGCGCAGACUAGACGUCGGGCGUGCGCAGGCGCUCAGCGCUGAGGUUUGCCGGAAGCUAAAAUGGCGUUUAGGUGUUCUCCAGGCUGCAGUUGGCGCGUUAUCAGUUUCUGAGCCGGUGUUUUGUAAGGGGCAGUGGCGACCGUCCUCUUCGCCGCCAUGGCCCGACAUAGGAAUGUUCGAGGCUAUAACUACGAUGAAGAUUUUGAAGAUGAUGAUCUCUAUGGCCAGUCUGUAGAGGAUGAUUAUUGUAUUUCGCCAUCAACAGCUGCUCAGUUUAUUUAUUCACGACGAGACAAACCUGGUGUUGAGCCUGUAGAUGAAUGUGAUUAUGAAGACCUGAAGGAAUCCUCCAAUUAUCUUUUAAACCAUCAGCUAAGUGGAUUUGAUCAAGCUCGUCUUUAUUCAUGCCUUGAUCACAUGAGAGAGGUAUUUGGAGAUGCUGUGCCAGAUGACAUACUGAUUGAAGCAGUUCUGAAGAAUGAGUUUAAUGUGGAGAAGGCUUUGUCAAUGGUUCUGGAACAAGAUAAAAUGCAGAAGUUGAAAGUCAACAGUGAGGGAGCAAUACCUACAGGAAAGAUAGCAAAAGGAGUCUUAUUAUCUUACUCUGAAGUUUCAGCUGAUGAUGUUCAAAGCUCUUGUCCUCAGUCUGCAAACCAUUUGGAUUGCAGUAGCAAAGCAUUUGAUUUUUCUGGUCCAGUAGCAAAAUGUGGAUUGUAUCGUAAUUCCUUAAUUGUACCAAGUCACUUUUUACUUCAUAAAAAAAAGAAACUUGACAGGCUCAAAAGUAAAAAGAAACUAGAAUCAUGUAAGUUAACAAAAGAGCUGUCACUAGCUGAACUAAUUGAUGAUAUGCCAAGAGAUUCUUAUAAAAAUCAGUCAUCAGUCAGAUUAUCAUCCACAGAUAAUCUGGAAAGUCUAAUUUCAAAGAGUCUAGAUGCUGAUUUGUUAAGUCCUCGUGCAUCUGAAUGUGUUUCCAAAGAUGACUCUCUGUUCAAAGGAAUACCAGAUUUAAAAUCCUUAAUGAUAAAGAACAUAACACCAAAUUACUCUUUAUUUACUCAAAAUGAUUCACUACCCGAUUUGCAAAAUAUUUCAGUACAAAGCAGUUCAGAAAGUUUAAAUAAUCCUUUGCUCUUAACUAGCUCACUGGAAAAUAUGGCUCUUGAUAAUUUAAAUGAUCAUAAAAUGACUGAAAUUGGAAAUGUUUCUUCAAUUGAACAAAGUGCAAAGAAUUGCAUUUUUAAAAAUGACAAUUUUCAGUUUUCUCAAUGUGGAAGUCCAUCUCUAGCUGAACUGUGUCAGGACCACAAAGAAAACAAUUCAAGUCAAUGCUGUUCUUUAUCUGAUCUUUGUAACCAGCCAUCGGCCAGUUUCUCCGAUCUAAGUUUGGGAUCCUUUCCCCUAUCACAACUAGCAAAUCGGUGCCAAUCUUCAGUCGGAGUAUCAGAAUUAACAGGAUCUCUGUCAUCUUUGGCGUUUCGCAAAACUUCUCCUACAAGAGACUUUGAGAAUUUGUCACUUUCUGAUUUGAUUGCAGAAACGAUUGAUAUAGAUAAUUCUCAGAUUAAGAAAGAUUCCUUUAAGCUCGGUUUAUCUGAAAUGAGGUCACCUGAAAUAGAUUCAAAUAUUGAUCUUAGCAUUCUUAUAAAAACCCCAGAUUUUGUUCUAAAACCUGUAGUAGACCAAUCAAUUGCUCCAACUCCAGGAACUCAAGUUCUGAGUUUGAAGCUAGGGAAAAAUUCUAUGUCUGUUAAAGAUAAUAAGAAAAACAAUAAGGGCUCUCAGGCUAGGAAACCACCUUUUUCUUUGUCUUGGACCAAGGCCCUUGCCGCUAGACCUUCAGCUUUUGCUUCAACACUAUGUCUUCGUUACCCAUUGAAAGGCUGCAAGCGACGCACCCUUGACCUUUAUAAGACUUUUCUUUAUAGUAGACAAGUCAAAGACAUAAAAGACAAAGAAAUAAGUCCUCUUAUAGCAAUAACACCAUUUGACUUCAAAUCAGCAUCUCCUGAUGACAUCGUAAAAGCUAAUCAAAAGAAAGUUUUUACUAGAGAAUAGUAACAAAAGGAAAACUUGGUAACUGUUUAAGAGCUUUUCAUUUUAAAGUGAUUUAAAGUCUUUAUGGGAUGACUUUAUAUCAUGGAUUUAAGUUGUGAUUUUUAUAUUAAAAUAGUCUUAAAUCAGUUGAUAACUUUAGUCGAUACAUAUUUUUGCACUGAAAUUUCAUUUUUACUCUAUCUUUUUUAGUGAUAACUGGCUUUAUUUAAGUUGAUAGCCUGUAAUGGGUGUAUGUUUACAAAUUGCAUAUGAAAACUUGAUAUUGUGAAAUCAAACCUCAGAGACAGUAUUUUUGUUUCGAGUAUUGACAUUUUUUACAAUGAGACAUUAUUUUUUGUGCUUUGUUCUUAAACGAAAUGCUACUACGUAGGAUUAUUAUAGUUUAGUGAUGAAGAUUUUUUAAAAUCACUAAACAUAAGCAUAGCUGAGACAUAAUUACAUUUUAAAAUAUCAAUAUGAUCCCUAGUUUCAUUAAUUUUCUGUAGGUGACUCCUAAAAUUUUCUAUUGGAAAAAUCUUUAAAUUCCUGACUUUGAAGAAUACUGUGGAGGUUGUUGAAAUACAUUUUUGAUGAAAAUAAAAUGAAAAUCCUUUAAGGGACCAUGUAAAUAUUGAGGUUGGAUUAAUACAGAAAUUAUUUUUAUACAUUUUCAAAAACAUUUUUCCUAAAUGCACACUUUAAAAUAAAUUUUUAGAAAGUGUUUUCAAGUCUGGUUGCAUGUUCUUUGAAUAGAUAAUUUUAUCAUACCUCUUUUUUACUGUAAGUAACGAAAUGUGGACCUUUCCUCUUUGCUCCUGACAGCUGUGCGCUACAAUCUAAGUUUCAGCAGUGGCAGACCGAGUAAGCGUUCUUCUGGUCUGUAGAACCAGUAUGUUUCUUCAUACUAGCAGUCAGAAUUGUUGGGGGAGUUUUUCAGAUACUGUGGCUUCCCCUGAGACGUGGUCACCCAGUGUUUGAGGGUGACAUUUGGGAAUGUGUGUUUUCACAGUAGUCCCAAUGGGAUUUGGAUGUGUUACUUCUACUGGAGAACUAUUGCCUUAGAGAAAGAAAUCAGUAGAAUGGAAGGAAUUGCUAAUUCUUAGAAUAAUAUUUGACCAACUUGAAUUUAUAAUUUACAUUUUCUAGUAAUCAGAAAUACCAAAAAGUUACUAAAUAGAAAUUAUGGUCUUUAUGUAAGAGGAAGUUGAUAUUAUAGUGUUUCUUAGAGGAAAAAAAUAGUAUUUAAAAUAUUAAUUUUUAAUGAAAAGAGAAAUAGCAGGUCUUUUACCAGUAAAAAAAAUAUAUUUCUCUGGCAGCUACUUCACUAUACUUUUGAUAAACUUUUUUUGUAUUUGUAUUUUCUAUUUAUUUGCAGAAUGACAUUCCAGUCUUUUAUAUUAUAUGCAUUGUUUUGAGGGGAAAGCCUAAGCCAGCAUUAUGUCUUUAUUGUUCUUGACCACUUUUCUUGUGAUGUCUUCAGGUUUUAUUUUUAAUUGAAUAUUUCAGUGCCAAUCAUACUUGUGCUUAGGUCACAUAAAUCACAUAUUUUAUGUUUCAUUUUAAAGUUUGAAUUACUUCAGCUGUUGAUUUUGUUUUUCUAGAUGAAACAUCUUAGUUAUUUUGAACUUUUAGUAUAUGACUCAUACCUAGAUUUAUAUAUAGGCAGUCUCCAGCUUAGAAGUGAAUUGUGUUCUAAGAGUUUGUUUGUAACUGACAAUAAUUCCUGAUAGAGUAAGUGCUACAUAUGUGGUCCACUUUGCAUGUGAAUCCACAAAUGCUUCCCUAACCCAUACUGAAGUUGAACUGUAUCAUAUCUGCCUUUCAACAAACCAAUUUUCAAGUGGAAACACAAUACUUUUUAAGUCACAUAGUAGAUCUUGCAGCAUGAGCUAAAUCUCCCUUUGUUGGCUGGUUAGGAUUAUAACUACCAUUUAUGAAAUUAUUUUAGGGGGAAAAGUCUUAUAUUACAGGAUGAUAGGGAAGGCAACAACUUUUAAAUGUCUCCCUAUUUUUGUUUCUGUCAUGGCUACUGGU